GCGGAAUAUCGCCAAGUUAUUGCUCAGAAGAAUCUUAAGCUUAAUCGGUCCUUGGCCAAAAUGGUGGAGAAAGCUCGAGAAUUUAGUCUGGACCCGACACAGACUGCGGUUAAACGUCAGUGUGAGGAACACCGGGAGGAAUUGAAGCUGUUCUGCGAAACUGACAAGAAAUUGAUCUGUUCCAUUUGCAAAGAUGUGAAAAAACACCGAGGUCACAGCUUCCUUCCCAUUGACGAAGCUGCUGAUAUCUACAAGGAUCAAGUGAAAUCCUCCUUAGCUUCUCUCACACAGAGGAAGGAAACUGCUCUGCAAACCGAAGCCCAACAGAGAGAAAAUAUUUCAAAAGUUAAGGAACAGGUGAACAGUUUACAGACCCACGUCACGGCUGAGUUUGCUAAAAUGCACCAGAGUCUGAGUGACAGAGAGCAGCGAGUGAUGCGAGAUCUCAGACAGCGAGAGGAGGAGAUUUUAAACCGAAUGGAGAAAAAUCUGCGAGAGAUUCAGGGCAAAUUAGAUUCUGUUCAACAAGAAAUCUCCGACUUACAGACGCAGAUGCUAAAGGACGCUCUCACCUUCCUUCAGGAGGAAGCUGCUGGCAACAGAAGGGUCAGUGACGUGGGGUUUGAUCUGUCAGUGUGUGAGGCUGAGCUGCCUGUGGGGAUAUACAAUGGGCCUAUACAGUACACAACCUGGAGACACAUGAUACACGGCAUCAGCCCAGCUCCGGCUUCUCUAACUCUGGAUCCUGAAACAGCCCAUCCCGACCUCAUCCUGUCUGAGGACCUGACCAGCGUGAGGCACGGAGACACAUGGCAGAAGAUCUCUCACUCCCCGAAGAUGUUUAGUAAAUAUGUCAUUGUCCUGGGGUCUGAGGGCUUCACAUCGGGGAGACAUUACUGGGAGGUGCAGGUUGCUAACAAGACUGAGUGGACAGUGGGAUUGGCCAGAGAGUCUGUCAAAGGAAAGGAAAGAUCACAGCGUCACCAGAGGAUGGAUUCUGGGCAGUGUGUCUGA